GCAUUCCUCGAAAUGCACGAAUCGUUUACCUACCCCCAUGUUAGCUAAUGCAGUAAGCUUACGUAUAAAACGGUGUGAGUGUAGCUGGUUAUGUGGCAAGCAUCCACCGCGUGUAUUAUUAGUACAGAUUGUCGCUUAUUGGAACGAGACAUCGCAAGAAGUGAACGACCGGCUAUACGUGGAAGCCUUCGUUACAGAGUUCACCGUAUCCAUUCAGUGGUGUUUAUUUCCGAUGUUGUUUGCGGUCACUCGUCAGACCCGGCUCAUCCUUGCCUUCGGUCUCCUGAGCUUGGCGAUCGUGGGGGAAGCUCAGUGGGACUGUGCUAACGUCUUCACGCGUGAGUACAAUGGGACGGCCUCGCAGGCCUGCCCCAAGAACUCCUUUGGGGAGGCCAGUUGUUUCGACUGCAUACCCUGGGCCAACAUGACGGGCUGGGAGUACGGACCCAAGAACGGAUCCGACACAGAUUUAAUGGAGAACUAUUGCCGCUUCGUGGGUGAUAAGGCAGGACCGAUGUGCUACAUCCAGACGCCGGAUGGCCGCACUGGUAUAGAAUUCUGUCAAACUCCUCCGUGUCAUGCGCACUCUGGAUGCAUGACGGGUAACGGGACUGACUAUCGUGAUCAGGCUAUGUUCACGGAGAGUGGCUACAGCUGCCUACAUUGGGAUCAGGUACAAGACCAAGACGUGAACUCAACCUCGUACCCAGAUGCAGGUUUAGAUGAGAACUACUGUCGCAACCCCGACAAUAGCACUGGACCAUGGUGCUACUAUCGAGACCAAGAUAUGCAAAUUAGGAGAAAUUUCUGCCCAAUAGAAACAUGCGAAUCCGACGCCCUGUCGCAGUUCCAGCGCCACUACAAAAUCUACAUCCCGGCCAACAACAACAGAUACCACCGGGGCUGGUGGUGGGACAUGACGGCGGAGGACUGCGCCCGUUUCUGCCUGGAGGAGCGGACUUUCGUCUGCCGGUCCUUCGAGUAUCGCGAGGAGUAUUACUUCGACGAUCGGAGGUGUAUUCUGACGGAUCAGAGCCUACACACGCUGGAUAUCUAUCGGACCACCUCGAGCGGGAUUUCCAUAGAUCUCUUCACUCGGAUCGAUAAAAUUUGCGAUGCCUACCAAGCUAAUGCGAUUCCAGAUGAGUGUCCGCUUCAACUGGGCAUGGAGGAUGGCACCAUACCUGACGCUAACAUCACAGCCUCCAGCUCUGCAGGUCCAGACCAUGGGCCCGAGCACGCUCGCCUCGGGGGUCCGUCCUACUGGAAGCCGGACCCGAACGCUACCACCGACGGCGGCCACUGGUUACAGGUGUGCUUCCCGUCACGCAUGCUGGUGUCUGGGGUCCUGAUACAGGGAGGCGGGACUGGGGAGGAGGCGGGUUGGGUGGAGGACUUUGAGCUGGAGUACAACCAGGAGGGACUCAACUGGUGGAAGUACAGGGACUUCAGGGAAUUUGAUCGCGAACCGGAGAUCAUGGUGUUCCGAGCCAAUGGAGAAGCCACCUGUCGCCGGCCUGUCAUCCUCCCUACCCCCAUCAGGGCCACCUGCAUCAGAAUUAUCCCCACCCUCUGGAACCACGCCCUUCACCUACGCAUGGAUCUGAUUGGCUGUCUAGACAAUGAUUGUGACACGGUGCUAGGACUGUCGGACGGUAGGGUCCUGGACUCCCAGAUCACAUCCUCCAGCAGCAGCAAUGAGACCAACUCGGCCAAGACAGCACGCCUUAACCCGCUGGACCAGCAACCGAGCACUGGCUGGGUGCCGGCUACCAGUGACCCCCAGCAGUGGCUGUUGGUGGACCUGAGGCACAGCCAUGACGUCCACGCCCUGCUGACGCAAGGGUGCGGCAACAGGGAGUUGUGGGUAACCUUGUUCAGGAUGUACUACUCGGGGCCUGUGGAUGACGAUUCCAAUGUUAGGUUUCAGCCAUACGUGGACCAGGAUGGUGUAACAAAGGAUUUUCUGGCUAACUCUGAUCAGCACACCAUCGUGCGGAACGAACUUCUACCGGAGAUCACCACGCGCUACGUCCGAAUCGACCCGGUGAUGUGGCAUCCUGCUGGCAUCGGGCUGCGACUUGAACUCGUUGGGUGUGUGCACCGUGCUUGUGGCCAACGUCUUGGCAUGGAGUCUGGCGCCAUCACAAGGAGUCAGCUCUCGACCUCCUCAAACUUCUACUAUAGGCCAGCCCGCUACGGACGCCUGCACUACGAGAUUGUCGUCCCACCCUAUGCAGGCCGAUACUGUUGCUGGGGGCCUCGCCAUGAGCUGGGCCUUGCGGAAUGGUUACAGGCGGACCUGGGAACCCUCCAUACCAUCACCGGUGUCAUCACGCAGGGCGCCGGUAACCCCUGGCGUUACUACUGGGUGGAGGAGUACAAGAUACAGUGGCUGAGUCCCCAUGAGGAGGGAGCGUUCCGCACCUACAGGGACUUACAAGGAGAUGAUAUGAUUUUUCAAGGAAACAGUGAUCAGAACUCAGAGAAGCGCAACGACCUGGAUCGACCUUUCAUUACCAGUCAAGUGCGCAUAGUGCCCUAUGCUUGGCAUAACAUCACAGCCUGUAUGCGGGUUGAGUUCACUGGAUGCCCCUUGGAAGGUAAAGGUCGGAUAUGCACCGUCGCCAACCUGUUGCUGGACGGCUACUGUGUGGGCUCCAUCAAUAGCCAGAGCCCCGAUGCUUGCCAGGAGAUCUUCAGUGAGGGCAGUCAGUCGCUGAUCAUCAACUCGGACCAGCUGCAGAGUAGACUAUGGGAGAAACGCAACAACCUUCUGAUUGAAAACCAACACAGGUAUUUGAUUGGGCUGACUUGGCCCCAGGGUGAGGAUUCAUACCGUUGGGUGGACAGCACGCCCCUGACGUACAAUAACAUCCGAUGGCCGUUGGAUAGCCACAACCAGUCUGUUGACUACUGCGUGUCCAUGGAUUCUGAGGACCUGUUCAACUGGAGGGAAGAUGAGUGUGUGGCUGAUCAUGUCAGAAAGGCCCAAAUUUGUCAAGUUGAUAUGGAUGAGUGUAUGUCAGUGGAUCACGGCUGCUCCCAUGAGUGUGUCAAUGUGCCUGGCUCUUACUACUGCAUAUGUCCACAAGGCUUUCGUCUCAACGAAACAGACCUGAAAACGUGCUCAGAUAUUUGUGAGUCGCUAGUCCAGGAUCUAUUCCCGAUUCAUUUUGAGGGAGAGGGCAGCAGUUGCUACAGCACGGUUUCCCUGGAUGCUAACUGGACGGAGGCCGCAGCAACAUGCAUUGAAGCCAACAGCCAUCUCCCCCAUGCUGCUGAAGACAGCGUCUUCCUUUGGUUAGAUGCAGCACUGAAUGAGUCCCUGUCGUGGGCGCUAGCUGAGGUGAAUGGGUCAGUCAUAGACAGCCAAUGCUUGGCUGUACGUACUGAUAACGAUAGUACCGUGGUUGAAGACAUCCCAUGCUCAGAUGAACUACCCUUCGUCUGUCAAAGAGAGUAUGAGGAUGUGAAAUGCAAUGCUCUCUGGGCAUCUGACACCAGCGAAGUAAAGACCACACAACCAGAGGGUUAUAUUCAGUCCCUCAGCUACGCCCCUUGGUAUGAUGCUGGCUCAACGUGUACGGUAGACAUCAAAGGACCAGAGGUUUACAGAGUCAGGUUUAUCAUUUCCAGGAUGAACCUCAGAAAAGUGACACCGGCCAACAGUCAGAUCUCUCGAUGCGUUGACUCCCUGGAGAUCACCGACGACAUCCCCGGCUAUGGUCUCUUCACAAGAGGGCGGUAUUGUGGCAGUCUGAGGGACGUGGAGGUCGUGACGCGGUCCAGCGACGUCCGUGUGGUGUUCACCAUCGGCCCGCUCAGCGCCAACAUGCCACGGGAGCUGGGCUUUGUUGCCAGCUAUAAACUCAUCAAUUGCAGUGAGGAGGACUGUACCACAGACUGCGGCACAAACGCCACACUCCUGACACAGCCCAGCGGUGUCCUGGCCACCAAAGGCUUCCCAGCCCGCCUCCCACCCUUCAGUACCUGCAUCUGGCAGAUCAAGCUACCCAAAGGACAAUACAUUCGCUUGCAGUUUCCUGACUUCCGUGUGGUGCGGGAUUCCGGGACCGGCGACUGCGUGGACGCGGUGAUCGUGACGGGAGCAGAUGGGAUCAGCCAAAGCAGGAUCAAGCGUGCCGGCAGGGACAUGCUGACGGGGAGGCUGUGUGGCACUCCCCCGCCGCAGAUAAUCUCUGAGUCGGAGGAGCUGUAUAUCUUCUACCUGACCGGACUGGAUGUCCUCUCGGAAGGAUUCAGGGCCACGUACACGUCUACUGAUUUACCAGGGUGUGGCGUGGGGCUCCACUCAGCCUCCAGUCACCUGGAGUGCCAGGCUCCCGAGGCUGUCCUGACGUCCCUCUACCAUCCCCUGCCCUACCCGGCCCACUCCCACUACAGCUGGCGUAUCACUACACCCACGGCCACCUACAUCCAGCUGACGUUCAGCGCGUUCGACGUCCCUUCCCAAACCCCCUGCGACGGGGAUUUUGUGACCAUCUUUGAUGGGGACGAAGAAUUGGAUGAGCCAUGGGGGGAGUUCUGCAACUCCAGGCGGCCUCCAGGCGAGGUCCUGUCCAGCAUGAACCAGAUGAUUAUUGAGUUCGAGACGCAAGAAGCGAGCGGGGGGACGGGGUUCAGUGCCGUCUACCGUGCCCUUCGCUUCCAGCCAAAGGUGUCUUUAAAAAGUCCCUACGAUGAAGAUUACAGCUGUGAGAGUGGCUGGGCUGAAUACUACGGCAACUGCUACCACUUCCACCAGGAGAACGCCACGCUGAAAUGGAAAGACGCUGAGAGGCAGUGUGCCAUAGAGGGCGCCCUACUGACCAGCAUCAGGGACUACGGCGAGAUGAACUUCCUACAUCUCAUGCUGACGUCGGAUUGGUUCACCGAGGAGACAACAACUUAUAUAGGUUUAACUGAUAUUCAAGAGGAGGGGCGGUUCCGAUGGCUUGAUGGGCGGCCUCUCAGUUACUCCGACUGGAUGGUUAACAGCGAUGGUUACACCCAGCCAGAUGGGGAUGUUCUUGAAGACUGCUCCAUGAUCAUGAUGCGCAGCCUUCACUCCACACAGAACUGGGAGGACAUCCCAUGCUCCUUGAGAGCAGCUAGGCAGUUCAUCUGCAAGAAACCGGCCCGCAAACCAGAUGGAACAGAGCAUAACACAUCAGAAACUCUUGGAGAACUACAAACAAAAGAAUGUGACAGUGGUUGGUCGCUCGCCGGCAACCUGUGCGCCCGCCUCCUCUUGGCAACAGAUGCCCUCCCCGUUUCCCCUGACGACUCCGGCGAAUGCCUCACUGACGUCCAAGUCACACCUGAUCUCCUGGUCUCAAUCCUGUACCUGGUCAGGCGCGUCUGGACCAACGCCUCCUUGCAGCAGGAGGGGUACCGCAUCGGCGUGGGGCGGACGGAUGCGACGGGACAAAUGUGGGACAGUAGGAGUGAUCCUGAGAUGGAGUACGGGGGAUGCACGAGGGUCCGUUACUCUGGUGGCCGGUGGGAGCCGGAGGAGCAUAUCCCCUGUGAUAGUCCGGUGUCUGCCGUGGUGUGUUACCAGCAGACUAGAGAUGUGACUCAGCAGUGCGGUGACUCUAUGUUCUACUGCGAUACCGGGGAGUGCAUACAGCAAGUAUACAUGUGUGAUGGCGUGGUGGACUGCGCAGACAUGAGUGACGAGGCAAUCUGCGUACAAGCAAGAACUGUUGGACCGAAUACAACUGAUGCUGUAAGCUUGGCUGACAGUUGCAACAGUGGGCUUUUCCGUUGUGCCAAAGGGGGUUGUAUUUCUCUCUCCUUUCUGUGCGACUUUAUCCGCCAGUGUUCGGACGGUUCAGAUGAGGAACAUUGUGAGUAUCCGCCGUGCCGACCGUCAGAGUUCACGUGCAGUAACGGUCAGUGCAUCGACGGAGACAAGCAGUGUAAUAUACACGUGGACUGUCUGGACGGAUCGGAUGAGACCAACUGUGACAUCUGCCGGAUGGCAUUCCAGUGCUAUGACAGUUCCUGCAUACCCCACCACGCAGUGUGUGAUGCCACCCAAGAUUGCCCAGGAUUUAUACGGGAGGACGAAGCAGGCUGUGCCCAUUCCACCGACUCCGACUUCCAGUGUGGUGCCGAUCAGCUGCAAUGCAACAACGGUGCCUGCGCCGACACGAGACACUGGUGCAUUUAUGACUUUGACGAGUUUGGGUACCAGACAGGCUGCCGCGAUGUUACCCACCUUCGAUUUUGUGAGCAUUUCACAUGCAGCGCCUUCACCUACAAGUGCCCCCGGUCCUACUGUAUUCCACUUCAUCGACGCUGUGACAACGUGUCGGACUGUCCGAAUGGGGAAGAUGAGCUCUCGUGCGAGCCUUCAGUGUGCCCAUUAGGCAGUUAUAAGUGUCGUAGUAGCCAGGUGUGUGUGAAUGAGGACCAGGUGUGCAACGGAGCCAAGGAAUGCCCACUGGGAGAUGAUGAGCUCUUCUGUGGUGUGGACUGCCCUGAUGGAUGUCAGUGCACAGGCCUAUCCUUCACAUGUGUCAGCACAGACUGGAACCAGACUAAAGCUGAUAACUUACCAGAUACUUUAAGAAGACUAGUUCUGAGUAAUACCAUUUUCAAAGGAACUGUGCAGAGGAAAAGACGAGAGGUGUCCAAUCACAAUGUGACCCUGGAGGACAUUUUAUUCAUUCGACUGGAGAGGUUCCACUUCUUUUUUGAGCUGGAUAUCUCAGGCAACCAGAUUGAGAUUUUGGAUCCAGGAAUGUUCCGUCAGCAGAAAAAUCUCUUCUCACUGUCAGUUGCAAAUAACAAACUGUACAAUCUGGAACCAGGGACAUUUGAAGGAUUGCGCUGGCUUCAAAAACUAGAUUUAUCAGGUAAUCCUCUGGUUCAGAUCCAACCGGGAGCUUUCCAUCAUCUGCAGAGCCUUCCUCACCUUGAUCUUCACGGCCUUGCCAUCAGCCAUAUAUAUUCAGGGACAUUUGAUGGUCUGGACUCACUGCAGCGGCUUGACCUGAGCAGCAACAAUUUGUCGGAGUUGGAAGCUGGAACCUUUGAUAGUCUUCGGCUAGUAACACUCCUGGAUAUCAGCAACAACAGUCUGAGAGUGUUUCCGCAAGAUUUGUUCUCGGGCAUUACCUCACUUCAAACACUACAUUCAGACAAGUACCUGUUCUGCUGCAUGGUGGGUGAUAUACAGGAGUGCACUCCAGAACCAGACCAGUUCUCAUCCUGUGAGGAUCUGAUGCGUAACCACGUCCUGCGCGCCUUCAACUGGAUCUUGGGUCUGAGCGCAUUCCUGGGCAACGCCUUUGUGGUGGUCUGGCGUCUUCGCACCAAGCAACGCUUCAAGGUCCAGGGCCUCUUGAUUCUGAACCUGGCUCUUUCUGAUUGCCUCAUGGGGGUCUACAUGCUGAUCAUUGCAGCCGCCGACGUGCACUACCGGGACGUGUAUAUUUACUUUGCCGAUGCGUGGAAGAGCAGCACCUUAUGCACGGUGGCCGGUUUCCUGUCGGCGUUUUCUAGCGAGGCGUCUGUCUUCACGUUGACCGUCAUCACCUUGGAUCGGUUCCUGUGCAUCAUGUUUCCCUUCGGCCGGCUGAAGCUUGGCCGGAAGUCGGUCCGAUGGGUCAUCGCAGGCACCUGGGUCUUGGCGUUCUUGCUAAGCAUCAUCCCGGCACUGGGCUUGCCCUACUUUGGCGAGCGGUACUACGGCCGGUCCAGCGUCUGCCUAGCGCUACCCCUGACCAGUGAGAGGUCGCCAGGGUGGGAGUACUCCAUCAUCCUGUUCCUAGGAGUCAACCUAAUCAGUAUUCUCACCAUCCUGGUGUGCUACACGGCCAUCUACAUCUACGCCAAGCGCUCGGCCAAGCAAAUCCGCUCCACGAAGGGAGCCACCAACGAACUCAAACUGGCCACCAAGACAUUUCUUAUCAUUGCCACGGACAUGUGCUGUUGGUUUCCCAUCGUGAUCAUGGGUUACCUGUCCCUGUCCGGGUCUGUGGUCAUACCCCCAACCGUGUACGCCUGGACAGCAGUCUUUAUCCUGCCCAUCAACUCCUCCAUUAACCCUUACCUGUACACCAUAUCGUCCAUCGGACUUCCCAAGCUCUUGGAGGUGUCCAAUAACUAUCGAUCUCAUCGCUGUCAUUGCCAGGAUGGGGCUGCAACCAGUGAGAUUGCCUUAGCUACCAUCAGAAGCAAUGGACAUCAUCACACAGUCAUGACGCCCACACACACGCCCCCCACCAGGAGGAAGGCGCCCUCGUGUGGCCGCUUCCUCCUCUCCAUGCUUCUCUACGAGGACGACGGUCCGGCCGUGAAUCUCUCCGGUGAUGACGUGAGGUCAAUCGAGGUGGACCUGAGGGCGGCGUUGAAGGUGCUACAUGGGAGAGGUCUGUGCCUUGCAGGCAAGGUGGAGGACGCGGUGGUCUUGGAAAAAGAGCCGACUGAAUCGGAAUGGCAUGCCAAUCUGCUCUUGCCUCGAGCUUCCCAAGACGAGAGCUCUGUGCCAGUUGAUGAGGAUGCUCUGAGUGAAGACGAAGAGAGACUGCGAGACGUGAUACAGUGCAUCAAGAACAUGUUGGCUUCAUCCAGUGUGCACUAACUUAAGCCGAAUCUCACAUUCUACUCAUAUCCGAAACAAUUACUGUCUCACUAAGCACCUGAGCCUAGCACGAGUUCAGUCAAAUAUUUCCAUGCUAAUGAGUAUUACGAAUCUGACCUCACACUCCAAUUUAGAACAAGUUCUGUUCAACUAGUGUAGGCUUACUAAGACAAACUUUGAAAUUCCACUACAACGACUUCGUUCAGGUCAAAUCAUUUCAAGCACAUGGACACAUACUAAUAGCCAAUUUUAUAUUUGUGUGAUAUCCGUUAUAUUUGUGUGAUAUCCGUUAUAUUUGUGUGAUAUCCGUUAUAUUUUCCAAAAAUAUAUAACUUUGGGUCACCACCUGUUUUUUGGUAGACUCACAGUGAAAAUUGAUAUGUCAAUGCCACAGGUGUGAAAAAUACUUAAGACAAAACUUGCCGUUUGGCAGUAUGUUAUCAUGAUCUUAUUAGUGGAAAUAUAAUAGUACUUUUGAUAGUAGUUACACAUAACUGAAUUUAAAAGUUACAUUUAGUCUCAUUUAUUCUGAACCUCCAUUAGAUUACACCAUGUUGCGUUAAUCUGCAGUGUUUGUUUCUGUAUAUUCUGCCUCUCUUGUCACAGUGUUCAUUUCAAAUAUUAAUGUUAUUAUUUUGAAAGAACUUUUAAGUAGUGCUUCUGAAUAUGAGCCUCUUGGGUCGGUGCUAAUCAUUUCUGAGACAUUUCUCUUUUGUCUGCAAACUAUCCCUUUAAAUUGAAGUGCUCUGUUCAAUUUAUGACAAUGGUAUUGUCUCGAGUUGAGCUGUGAAUAGAGCUCGUUUGAAAUGCGGCCUUGUAAGUGGAAAACAUAUUUCAUGCAGACUUCAGCCAGUUAUUCUGGUUAUGUCUUCAAAUAGAAAACUGUCAGUGCCCGACACGAUUCUUAUAGCUGCAAGAUGUUGUUGAUUUCAUUGCAUCUGAUUCAAACCAAUCGUCCUGAAAUGUAAACAAAGCAAUUAUUGAAAUGGUUGUAUGCUUAAAUUGAUUACCGUUGGAAGAGGAGUCUUUUGAACUUUCUUUUUCUGGAAAAUAAUUUUUAAGUUGGAGGACUGUGUGUUGUAUAAGUGUCUUGCAAUUGAAAUGCUCAAGAAAAAAAUAGAAUGUUUUUAAGUGCCAUUUAAACAAAGAUAUUUAAGUGUUCAUAUAAAUGCAAGAACUUUUACGUUAUAUUUCUGAGCAGCUAAUUAAUAGAAGAUUCAGUAAAUUUGGGUCCAGGGAUAGUGAUGUGAGUGACAGAGUGUGUUUUCGCGUUUGUUCACGGUGUAAAUCGAGGACACACGUGCAACAUCAUUGAUGAAUCGAGGAUAGAAACCGAAUCGAGGACUCCUCGGUUGAAAAACGUGUACAAAACCAAUGAGAGCUGUUGCGAAAAAGUAAAAGUACAA